UUUGUUUAGGCCUUGAUCCAUUGGGGCGCAUCUCAGCCAAUGAUGGCUUUUUUCCGACCAAAAAGAAACCAAUGACGAAAUUUCUGGUGGAAAAUUACUGUGAAAAUAAAAUACCAAUCGUAGACCAAUUCACAAACACACACAAAUUAUGACAUUAAAGCAACAUCAUCAUGUGAGAGAGAAAGAGCAGAGGUGCCUCCUUUUCAUAUGAAUUUUGAGUGAUUCAUCGAUUCUUCAUCUACCAUCACCUUAUCUGCGUGAAAAGGGAAGAAGAUUUUUUUUUUUUAAACAUGGGUUGGAUUCCCUGUUCUGGAAGUUCAAGCACUAAGAAGAAGUUAAAGAAAAAGUUGGAGAAGAUGGAAACGCAGAACAGCCUAGUUGAUCCGAUCAAAGCCACCCCAGGUAGUGAUAUUGUCGUUAUAGUGUUUGUUUGGGUAUCAAACAAUUCAUCAAUGGUUGGUGAUGAUUAGACCCCUCUUGUGACUGUUGUGCUUUUCUUCGAUUUCUUUUCCUCCUUUUUUUUAAUCCAGGGAAAUUAAAGAGGAAUUCAUCCAUGAAUUCCAAAGAUUCCUCUAAAAAUGGAAACACUGAUCACAUUGCUGCACAAACAUUCUCAUUCCGUGAGUUGGCAACUGCAACUAGAAAUUUCAGAGCUGAAUGCCUUUUGGGUGAGGGAGGAUUUGGCAGGGUAUACAAAGGGCGUUUGGAAAGUAUUAAUCAGGUGACUCUGUUUCUCAUGAUUUCUUUGUUUAUGAAGAACAGGAGAAAGUUGAGGGCAAGUAAAGAAAUGUUUCCUUUUUUGCUGUUAUUCAUCAUUUCUCCCUCGUUCAUAUUGCCUUAUUCUGACAGCGAGAGUAAUAGUGUUUUAGUUUUGCCAGUAUAUAACCGAGUUUUAAAUUUGUGUAGUUUGAAUUGGCAACACAUUUCAUGCUUUCUAAUGUUAAAUGUAGAUUGUUGCAAUUAAACAACUUGACCGAAAUGGGCUACAAGGGAAUAGAGAAUUCCUUGUUGAAGUGUUGAUGUUAAGUCUUCUUCACCACCCUAACCUUGUCAACCUGAUUGGUUAUUGUGCUGAUGGGGAUCAGAGGCUUCUAGUUUAUGAAUAUAUGUCAUUAGGAUCCUUGGAAGACCACUUACAUGAUAUUUCUCCUGGCAAGAAACGACUUGACUGGAACACACGAAUGAAAAUAGCAGCGGGGGCAGGAAGGGGAUUAGAAUAUCUACAUGACAAAGCUAAUCCUCCUGUUAUUUACCGAGAUUUAAAGUGCUCCAACAUUUUGCUUGGCGAAGAAUAUCAUCCAAAGUUAUCUGAUUUUGGUCUGGCUAAACUUGGCCCAGUAGGGGAGAACACUCAUGUAUCAACAAGAGUUAUGGGAACCUAUGGAUAUUGUGCUCCAGAGUAUGCAAUGACAGGUCAACUGACUCUCAAAUCAGAUGUCUAUAGCUUUGGUGUUGUUCUUCUGGAAAUAAUUACAGGAAGGAAAGCAAUUGACAAUUCAAAGUCUGCAGGAGAGCAGAAUCUUGUUGCAUGGGCCAGACCCUUGUUUAAAGAUCGAAGAAAGUUUCCACAAAUGGCUGAUCCAAUGCUUCAAGGACAAUAUCCUCAAAGAGGGCUAUACCAGGCCCUUGCUGUAGCAGCAAUGUGUGUUCAGGAGCAGGCCAAUAUGCGCCCAGUUAUAGCUGAUGUUGUCACGGCUCUGAGUUACCUUGCUUCACAAAGAUAUGACCCCGAUACACAGACAGUACAAAGCUCACGCUUCGCUCCUUGUACUCCUCCUAGAACCAAGAGGGGGCAGUGAUAUGGACCUCAAUGUUUACUAUAUGAUAGUCUGCUGCAAAUUUCAAACAUCUUUUGACACGUGGCAAGAUAUAGGUUUGUAGAUCUUAAUACCAGAUGUCUUAUGGUGGUGGUAUGCCUUAAGAGCUUAGUUGCUAAAAACGUUGUAAAAUUUUGUUCUACUUAUGAUGCUCAGAACUGCUCCUAUUUCCAUUUGGAGCCAAGAUAGUAUUUCCACUUCCUUUUCCCUUAGCUUCUAUUUAAAAGCAAAUUGGUGGAUUCAUGAUUUAUGUUCCUUCUGUCUAGGCAAUGGUUCUGCUGGUACACCCGCACUCCAUAGUUGUCUAUUCCUUUUUAUCUUGGUUGUUUGUAUAGUUAUCAAGUUCUGUAGAAAUGUAUGCAAAUAUCAUGUGUUAUACUUUUAUCUUGCUU